GAAUGUAGCAAAAUGAUUUAAAACGACUUGGUCUUUGAUCUUAAGUAGUCGUCGUGAGUUGUUUAGCGCGCUUUUGUUUUGUAGUACACCGGAUAUCGUUCGCUAGCAUCCUGCACUUGUUCGCGGUGCUAACGGGAGCAGGAUGUAGCGGUACUUGAAUGGUUUGCAUCCGAGGAUCUGGUCCGGACGAAUGCCGUCUCUUUCCUUGGUGUGAGGAAGACUGUGGGGGAUGGGUGUUGCGCUCGUCGUCGCUAAAGACGAAUAGCCUUAGAAAAAGAUGUCCAACAUCCUGGAUGCGGCGUCCAAAGUGAAGUGGGACCGCGCGGCUGCGGCCAAGCGAGCCGUGCUCCUCGCCGCGGCUGCGUACGGCGUCAAAAGGCUGUACCCCGUUCUCUGCAAGCAGCUCCGCAAGAAUCACCGGGGAGAUGAGAAUGGAUCCGCCAAGUCUCUGCUCAGUCACGCAGGGCAGCUCAAGACAUCACCCGGCGUGAAUGCGGAAUUCUUCCGGCAGAUCCUGGAACUUGGUCAAAUCCUGUUCCCCCGGCUGGUGUCCAGAGAGCUCGGCUUGCUGUCACUGCACUCGGUGGCGCUCAUCUCCAGGACCUUUCUGUCCAUCUAUGUGGCGAGUUUGGACGGCAAGAUCGUGAAGACCAUUGUGGAGAAGGAGCCGCGGAAAUUUAUCCUCCAGCUCAUCCGAUGGCUCCUCAUCGCCAUCCCGGCCACAUUUGUCAACAGCGCCAUCCGGUACCUGGAGUGCAAGCUGGCCCUGGCCUUCCGCACCCGGCUGGUCAACCACGCGUACCGGACCUACUUCACUGACCAGACCUACUAUAAAGUCAGCAAUAUGGACGGGAGGCUCGCCAACCCGGACCAGUCUCUCACAGAGGACGUGAUGAUGUUCUCCCAGUCGGUGGCGCAUCUGUACUCGAAUCUCACAAAGCCCAUUUUGGAUGUGAUGCUGACCUCCUACACCCUCAUCCAGACCGCCCGCUCCCGCGGGGCGAGCGCCAGCGGACCCACUCUCCUCGCCGGACUGGUGGUUUUUGCCACCGCCAAGGUGCUUCGAGCGUGUUCCCCAAAGUUCGGCAAGCUUGUGGCGGAGGAGGCUCACAGGAAGGGCUACCUGAGAUACGUCCACUCCAGGAUCAUUGCUAAUGCUGAAGAAAUCGCUUUCUACCGGGGUCACAAGGUGGAGAUGCGACAGCUGCAGAAGUGCUACCGAGCUCUGGCUGAGCAGAUGAACCUGAUCCUGUCCAAGCGUCUGUGGUACAUCAUGAUCGAACAGUUCCUGAUGAAGUACGUGUGGAGCGGCAGCGGCCUCGUCAUGGUGGCUGUGCCGAUCAUCACCGCCACCGGCUUUGCUGACAACAAAACAGCAGAUGGUCACACCAACGUCAUGGUCAGCGAAAGGACGGAAGCUUUCACCACUGCCCGGAACCUUCUGGCCUCUGGAGCUGAUGCUAUCGAGAGGAUCAUGUCUUCCUACAAAGAGGUGACGGAGCUGGCAGGCUACACCGCACGUGUGCACAACAUGUUUGUAGUGUUUGAGGACGUCCAGAAGGGUGUGUACAAGAGGGCGUCAGUGACCACCGCCACUGGGUCUGAGAAGAAGAGCAAACCGGAGAUGCACAUCGACGGACCUCUGGAGAUCCGCGGCGAAGUCAUUGACGUGGAGAACGGAAUCGUGUGCGAGAACGUUCCCAUCAUCACUCCUAACGGAGACAUUGUGGUGUCAAGUCUGAAUCUAAAGGUGGAGGAGGGGAUGCACCUGCUCAUCACUGGGCCCAACGGCUGCGGGAAAAGCUCCUUGUUCAGGAUCCUCAGUGGACUGUGGCCUGUCUACGGGGGCCGACUGCACAAGCCCCCCCCUCAGCACAUGUUCUACAUCCCCCAGAGGCCCUACAUGUCCAUGGGGUCACUCCGGGACCAGGUCAUCUACCCUGAUUCAGAGGAGGACAUGGCUGCUCGAGGCCUGACAGACAAGGACCUGGAUGGAAUCCUGGACAUCGUAAACCUUAACCACAUUGUGACCAGAGAAGGAGGCUGGGACGCCGAGCUGGACUGGAAGGAUGUUCUGUCUGGAGGCGAGAAGCAGAGGAUGGGGAUGGCCCGGAUGUUCUACCACAAACCUCAAUACGCUCUGCUGGAUGAGUGCACCAGUGCCGUCAGCAUCGAUGUGGAGGGGAAAAUCUUCCAGGCCGCCAAAGACGCUGGAAUCUCUCUGCUGUCAAUCACACACAGACCCUCACUCUGGAAGUACCACACACACCUGCUGCAAUUCGACGGUGAGGGCGGCUGGCGCUUCGAGCAGCUGGACACGGCCACCCGCCUGUCACUGACCGAGGAGAAGCAGCGGUUGGAGACCCAGCUUGCUGGGAUCCCAGAGAUGCAGCUCCGCCUCAACGAGCUCUGCAAGAUCCUGGGAGACGACUCCGUCCUCAAAUCCUCUUUGGAGUGCGCGUGAGGAGGGGAGUGAGGCCCAGAGGGGGCAGAGAAAGAAAGCAAACAGUGGAGGAGGGAUGGAGAGUCUUUGAAACAACGGGUGCAGUGGGUUCACACGAGAGCUGCUUUCCCCUGAUUCUCACGAGGAAUCUCAAGUGAAGUCCUUGUGUGUCCAUGUCUUUUUCUGUCAUUAUUUUAAACCUCGAAACAACAAAUCCUGCACACUGAGUUGUCACACCUGACCACAAUGACUUUUUUUUUGCUGUUUUUUAACAUUUUUCUAUCAAUGAAAAUAUAUUUAUUAUCGACAUAAUGACUCGUCAGAUUUGUUUUUGAGAAGCUAAAAAGAGGACUUUUGUGUCUAAUUGAGUUAAAUUGGUUCAAACUGAUCCAUUUUGUACGUUUUCAUUCAGAUAUACUGGCUCGCCAAAUCGAUGGAAAUCAUUAUCUUAAGGAUUUUAUUUAGUUUGUUACCUUUGCAUCUAAUUUCUUUAAAAUCAGUUUUUUUGUAAUUUUCUUUGUUUUGUUUUUCUUUUUUGUCAUAGUAAUUCCUCCACAUUUCUUUUUUUCAUUUUAUAUCUUUAUAUACCUUGAUAUUUUUUCAAUCUUGGGAAUUUUAAGUUUAAAAUAAUAAUUCAUUUUUUGUUUUAAAAAAAAUCAUAACUGUGAUGUUGCAUUUAAAAAAGAUUUUAUUUAUUUAUCUUUUUGGUUAAUUUUGCUUUUUGUAUUUUUGUUGUUUUAUACCUUGGAUUUCUUUGACUUAAUUGUAGCCGUUUUUAUUCUUUAUUCUUAAAUUAACAUUAUCUCCUAUAUUUUGGCAUUCAUAUUAUUUAUUUUUUAUAUUUUUUACAAAAUAAUUAUUUAUGUAUAAUGUUUCUCUUUGUGUGAAUUAUUAAUUAACAGUUUUAUAACUGGUGCUACAUUUAAAAAAACAUUUGUCUUUGGCUUUUGGUAAAUUGUUUAUUUGAUUUUAAUUACAUAUAUUUACAAAGUAGUUGUGAUUCUGUUUUUGUGUGAUGACCAGUGUGCAGGAUGUUCUUUUUUACUAUUAUACAAUAGUUGCACUUUAUUUGAUUUUUCUAGGGCUUGUGGCACAGCAUUGUGGAACAGCUUAAAUACCAUUAUAAAUCUUUUUAUCUGGUUAAAGAAUUGCCGCAUAUAAUUUGGCCUUGUUGUUUUGAAAUUAUGGUAUAAAAACUAACGUGUAAUGACAUCAAUUUGAUCUUAUUCCACGUUAUUCAUAAAUUGGUAAUUCAGAGCAAAAAAGCAGCAGUUCUUGAGCCACACUGGAUGUGUGUUUUCUGUAAAUGGACUUCAUUGAGGUGCUCUACGUAUGGAAUAGCACGUUUCUUUAGAACAUAAUUUGUUAAAUUAUGUAUUGCAUGAUACCACAUUUCCACAAGAUGGGUAUAAGUACCAAAGUUAAAUCAUGACAAAUAAUAAUAAUGCAUUGAGGUUUAUAACACAGUAACAACAUCUAACGUAUGUUCCAACAGCAUUGCAUUGAAAAAUAUUCUUAAAAGUAUCUUUUAUUAGUCGCUAGUGUUUUCAGUGUCUAAUGAGGCAUGGUAACACCAACACACUUUACAUUUUUACAUACUGGGUUGUUAGUGUAUGAAUUGGGCAGAAAAGGGCAGCUAAGGUCUUACUGCAUAAGCACAUUGUACAUGAUGCGGCUCAUUAUAAUUCUUAUUUGUGCGUUGGUUUAAAUGUGUUGUUGUUGCACAUUGCUGUGCUGCAAGGUGCUACGUUGCACACAAGAAUUGGAUUUUUAACUCUAAAACCACUAACUUGGGUACAGUUUAUUGUUCUUGGGUUUCUUUGUGGUUCGGUGCAUGUUUGAUCCCUCACAGUCCAAAUCCUCUACUCAGGUCACAAGUCAGGCUUUUAUGUCAUUAUUUUUGGGCUCAUACGUGUUCAGCCUUCCUGCAUUGAGCCCUUCUCUUGUGGCCAACUCCAUCCUGGUCUCCUUGACUCCCACCCCUUACACCCACCAUCCUUGCCUCUGGGCUCCUUCCCAGCUUCUCCUUGACAUCCAAGGUGUCCUACAAAUGUGUCAUUAGUGGUCGACUCGAACCACUAUUUGUUUUCGCGGAAACAAUCUAGCUGCUUAAGUGUGUCGCUGACGACCCACACUCAACUGAAAUCUGCCCGAGCAAUGUGACUACAUCACUGGUACUGCAGGUCCCUGGAUGGCAGCGACUCUGUCGAGCUGGGAGCAACACACCUCUGAAUGACACAGAGUUCACAACUGCCUUUAUCAUUGUUUUAAAGGAGAUGGAUUUUAAAUGAUGAGGCGCCAUUUCAAAUAAACUAUUCACUUUGGUUGUGUUAGUUUCUGAGGACAAAACUAGAGGAAGCAAAUUCUGUGAAGAUUUUGAUCCGUAUAUAUUUGCACUAAUCUAUCUAACGCUGCUUGUAAAUGAACAAAACAGACCCUGAAAACUAUAUAAUACUUUCAAACCAUUGGAAGAAAUGUUCGCUCAUGUUUGUUUGAUAAUUACAAAACAUUGGAGUUAGCAUGAGCUUCACUGCACUGAUGAAAACAAACUAUUUUGCGUGUUAUUAAAAGCCACAUUUGGAACAAACCACCACAAUAAUGUUACUGUUCUAAUGUUCAUAUUUUUCACCUAACCAUAUUUUCCUACUUUUGAAUGGGACCUCAUCAUUUUUAUCCUCCUAGGAGUUAGCAAUGGCCUCCAGCACUGUCCGACUGUACAAUUGCUGUAUGAUGACGUCCUUACUCUCGAAACUUUGGUACCAAAACCGCCACCAUCAUUUUUCUAAGUAAGCGAUUGAAUGUAUCUUUGACGACGAUGAGUACCCGGCCGCGUUCGUCCAUUUUGUUGGGUCAUUGUUUUAUAAUUGUGGCAAGUGCAUGUGAGGUCAUUUUUUAGAGUUGCUUUGUAGUUUUGGGGGUUGUCUUCGAGGCCAUAAGGACAACUGUGCAUGAGUGUGAAACCUUCUCUAGUGACAGUGUCAUGAACAUGUUCAUCAUCUGGUCAUUUAUCGUGUGCUGAUGUCACUUUACCAAGAGAGAUGAAGAUGUAUUUUCAUGUAAAUAAAGGAAA